AUGGUUGCUGGCAUCAGUAAACGCCAGCAACUGCGCAAUGAGCGUGCGUUGCAGGAUCUCAUCCGGUCGGUUCCCGGCAAUGACCGGUGUGCCGACUGCUCAGCGAUGAAUCCAGGAUGGGCUAGUUGGAAUAUAGGUAUUUUCCUAUGCAUGCGAUGUGCGGCCCUGCACAGGAAGAUGGGAACCCACAUAUCAAAGGUUAAAUCGCUGAGUAUGGACAGUUGGGCCUCAGACCAAGUUGAUAAUAUGAAAUGCCAUGGGAACAUCCUCGUGAACAAGAUUUACAACCCCAGGAACGUCCAACCACCGGUCCCUACCGAUAUCGACGAGUCCGACGCAUGCAUGGAGCGGUUCAUCCGGCAGAAAUAUCAGACAAGGACCUUGGAGGAUGGAAAGCCAAAGCCACCAAGCCGACAUGAUCCAAGCUAUACAAGGUCACCAGAGGGCACACCUCCGCCGUUGCCUCCGAAACCUGCCCGCCCGUUCGGGUUCGGUCUUCGGUCUGCCUCGUCCGCUGUGAACCUCAACCGCCACUCUGCUAGCAGUCAUGGUCCAGACUCGCCCACCAGCGAUACGCGCCGUUCAUCGUUUGAUGCUAAGCUCGCAAAGUUGAAGGAGAUGGGCUUUACAAAUGAGCGCAGGAACACUACCGCUCUCCGGGAAUUGGACGGAAAUUUGGACAAGACAGUUGAGACCCUGAGGAGGCUGGGAGAAGGCAGGCAAAUACCGCAAGUCAGGACACCGGCCGCCACAACAACUGGAAUGGGUGCAUCCGUCAAUCCUUUUGAUCAAUUAGAUGCCAAACAGCCGACGCAGCCAGCGCAACCGUCGCAGCUAAACGGGUCGAGCUAUAAUCCCUUUGACAUAUCUACUCCGCAACCGCAGGCUCCGCCCCAGCCGCAACCCAUCCAAUCUCUCGAGCAGUCAUUUCAGAACCUCCAAGUGGCACAACCUCUGUUCCCUCACUCCACUGGGGGUUAUCCGCACAGGCAAAACUCACUCCCAACAUACACCCAGCCUCUUGCUUCUCCAUUCGCUCCAUCCCCAGCCGGCUUUGCUGCGUCCCCACAGCCGCUCGAUAACGGAAACAACCCAUUCUUUCAGACUGGGGUUCAGGCCCCUGCACAGCCUAGUCUGAACACCCCUCCGCAGAAUCCUUACUCAACCCAAACAAACCCAUUCUUCAAUCAAGUCCCCGCGCCGCAACCGCAAACAGCAUUCCAGACCCAAAACCCGGCCGUUUCAACGGGCGCUGGAGUUGGUUUCCCGCCUACACUGCAGCAUGCGAGCACUAUGCCCUCCUUAUCAUCCUCAUCAUCACCAUUUGGACAGCCUUCUCCCUUCCAACAGCAACCGCAGUCACAGGCACAGCAACCCCAGCAGCCGCAACCACAGCUCGGAUUGCAAGCUUCGCAACCCGGCCAGGGUCAAUUCAACCCUUUCCAACCAACCAUGACUGCUCCUAACGCCCAACUAAGUGGUUAUGCUACUCAGCCUCCAUCUCAGUCUCCAUUUGGAUAUCAACAAUCUGCGCAACCGUUUGCCCCGCAUCCUACAGGGCGAGUUGACAAGAACAGUAUUCUUGCUUUGUACAGCUUCUCUGCGCCUCCUCCUGCUAUUCCAGAACAACAGGCAGUGCAGCAGCCCCAGGCAGUAUUUGGAGGUGUACCCGCUGGCCAGGGGCAGAAUCAAAUGGCGAAUCAAGCUAUUGCCCCCCAGGCGGUUGGAAGCCAGAAUCCAUUCUUAGGCGUUGCAACUGCACCAGGAGCACAAAACCCAGCCCAGGUCCCAACCCAGCCGUCUAUGUACGGCACGAAUGUGAACCCAUACAACCCCCCUGCCAAUACCGGGUUCAUGCGAGGCCAUAUGAGCCAGCAAAGCGUGGAUAUCAACGGCUUGCAAAGUGGACGGCACAGCCCUGACGCCUUUGCUAGUCUCAGCGCAAGAUACCGAUAA